AUGGCGCAAAAUUAUGAAUUUCGUGAUGAUGAUGUCAUCGCACCAGAGGUUUAUGGGCGGAUCGGUCAUCCGCACGAUGCGUUUACCUGGUUGCGUAAAAACGAUCCGCUGCGCUGGGUUGAACCGGAGCAUUACCGGCCUUUCUGGGCGGUGACCAAACACGCUGACAUUAUUGAGAUCGAAAAGAAUCCGGAAGUGUUUGCCAGCGAGCCGCGGCCGAUUCUCAUACCUGAGCAGACCCAGCCUGAAAUGCGCGAAGAGCUGAUUAUGGAAAUUUUCAAACGUCUGGAAGACCGGCCUAAGCUGCUCGAAGUGCUGGCCACGGCGGGAGAGCAGGGUUUGAUCAGAUCUCUGGUACAGAUGGACCCGCCGGAUCACACGAAUUAUCGUGCGCUGGUUCAACCCUGGUUUAAACCCAGCAACAUCAAAGCCCUGGAAGAUCGCUUGAAUAUGAUCACCGAAUCUAUCAUCGAUGACAUGAUGGGCGACGGUGGAGAGCGCGAACUGGAUUUUGUGCAGGAUGUGGCCGUAUGGCCGCCCCUUAAACUCAUUGUAGAGUUGCUUGGUGUCCCGGAGGAGGACGAGCCGCUGAUCCUGAAGUUGACCAACGAGCUGUUUGCUGGCGAAGACCCGGAAAUGAUGCGCGCGGGAGACGAUCCCCUUUCAGGCAUUGAAACAGUGAAAUCGCUCUACGACUAUUUCACUGAGUUGACCGAAGAGCGACGAGUCAAUCCGCGGGAGGACCUCGCUUCUUACAUUGCUAACGGUAAACUCAACGGGGCGUACCUGCCGUACAAAGAGCUCAUUUCUUAUUACAUCAUCGUUGCCACCGCCGGCCAUGAGACCACCCGUACCUCAAUUUCAGGCGGCAUGCAUGCGCUGUUGCGCAAUCCUGAGCAGCUGCAGCUGCUGAAAGAUAAUAUUGAUGAUGAAGAUACGGUAAAGCUGGCGGUGGAAGAGAUGAUCCGCUGGACCACGGCGGUUAAUCAGUUCAGCCGCACAGCCACCCGGGACUACGAACUUCGCGGACAGAAGAUUAAAAAGGGUGAAAGUCUGGGGCUGUUUUACGCAUCAGCCAACUUCGACGAAGACGUGUUUGAUGAUCCCUUCAAAUUUGACAUCACUCGCAAACCAAAUCGCCACCUGGCAUUUGGUACCGGACCACAUCAGUGUCUGGGUCUGAUCCUGGCGCGUAUGCAGAUGCGUAUCUUCUUCACCCAGCUCAUACCGCGUAUAAAGGAGAUGACGCUGGUCAUCGUUAUUACCGGCGCGGCCAGCGGGUUUGGCAAACUGGUCAGUGAAAAACUGACCGCUCUGGGAGCCUGUCUGGUUGCCGGGGACAUCAACAAAAGCGCCCUGGAUGAGGUGGUGGAACCGCUUGCCUCACGAGGUGCGCGUAUUACUGCAAUGAAAGUUGAUGUGACCGCCAGGUCAGAGAUGAUGGCCCUGGUCAAACACGCGGUAGACACGUUUGGACGUGUUGAUGUGAUGAUCAACAACGCCGGCGUGAUGCCGUUGGCAUUCUUCAGCGAUCACCAUGCGGCACAUGAUGCAUGGGACCGCUGUAUCGAUAUCAAUUUCAAAGGGGUGUUGAACGGGAUAGCUGCUGCACAUGAUGUGAUGAUCCAACAAGGUCGUGGACACAUCGUUAAUGUGUCCUCCAUAUAUGGCAACUAUCCGGUGGUGGGUGGGGGUGUAUACGGGGCAACCAAGGCGGCGGUGACCUUCCUGUCGGAAUCCCUGCGCCAGGAGUCCCUGGGCAAAAUCAAGGUCACCACAGUGAAACCCACGGGGGUACCUGCAACAGCGCUGGGCACCGGGGUGGUGAAUCCGGAAGCGGUGGCGGGCAUCCUCGGCGCAAACGCAACGGCUUAUAUGGGCAAGUUUGCCGCUGCGGCAGGGGGUGCUUUGUCUCCAGAGGAGUUAGACAGUAACAACGUGCAGUACUGGGCGCUUGAGCCGGCAUACCUUGCAGAUCAGAUUGUUUAUGCCAUCAACCAACCCUGGGGUGUAUCGAUUGCGGAAAUCACGGUACGCGCAACCGGGGAUGCGUACGUUAUCUAG